GUGUUAAUAAAUUCGUGCAGAUCGAUAUGAAUGAUUUCUUACCACUUCCUCGUGGAGUAAUCUUCAAACCCACCGAUGAACAACUUAUUGAGCACUACCUUAAGAAUAAAAUUGCUUCUGAAAAGAUGGAUUUUGAUUUCAUAGAUCUUGAUCUCAAUGAAAUUGAGCCAUGGGAUAUACCAGAAUUAUGCAAUAUAGGAUUUGGUGAUAGACAAAUAGGAUGGUAUUUUUUCGGUCGAAAAGACAAGUUUUCAGUUAGUAGGAAUCAUACAUAUAUAACUACAAAAGCAGGAUACUGGAGAGCAGAAGGAACUGGCUGUGCAAUCUACUCUGAUGAUGAGAAUGACCAUAAUAGUCUCAUUGGAAUGAAAAAGCCUCUAGCCUUCUUUCAAGGAAGGGAACCUAAUGGACUAUUAAGUCAAUGGUUCAUGUUUGAGUACCGCUUAGAAACUAAUGAAGAUGAAAGUGGCACUCUUCUUCAGGCUCAGGAAGAAAGUUGGGUUUUAUAUAAAAUGUUCAAGGAACCAUUAUUGCAAAAAUUACUAUUGCUCGAGAAUCAACUUAGGCCAUUGCUCAAGGGUUUACCGGCUGCAACAGUGGAGGAGAGCAAUCAAAGGAUUGGCCAGUACUAGACAAAUUUUUUGUUGUUAGAAAAUUUCAAACCAUGAAUUUCUAAGAGAGAUUAACAAAUUAUACAUGAAUUCAUUAUAUUGAUUUCCUUUAAUGCUCAAUUGUUUUCGUCU